UAAGCGAAACUUAGUCGCCUGUUAAACGGCCAUAAGCGCGGUUCGUGGGUCAACUGAAAUUUUGAAAACAAGAAAAACGCGAAAUAACGAAUUUCAAGUGAAACAGGAAAAACAUUACAGGAAAAGGAUCAGUAAGGAAGUGCGCAAAAAAAUUUACUAGUUUAACAACAAAAUGCGACAAAGUGCUCGCUCAAAGUGAAAAAUAAAUAAAUUUAUUGUAACACGCCAGUAGUGUUUGAAGACUAAAGCAUUUCUUUGUAACCAAGAAAAAGUGUAUGUACUUUUGGUGGACCAACACCACAAUUUCCAGAGCCAACAGUUCUUGCAGCCAUCACAGUCGCCAAAGCGCAAAGUAAACCACUCGUCGUGCAAUUGCAUAUUUUUCAAAUUAUUGAAAAUUCAAAAACACACACACACAUAGAUACAACAAAAACACAAGGAGAUGCGAAAAUGUGUGCCAGUGUCAUAAAUCAAAUUAACACCGCCAAACGCAUUAGCAGCAACAGCAGUGGAAAAGGCAAAAAAAUCAUUAACACAGCCAGCUGUGACGUCAUGAACAGCAACAACAACAGCAACAACAACAACAACAGCCAUAUGCAAGCACUUGCCAGCAGUCACCGCCUUCGUUGUGAGUUCACUGCCACAAAGCGCGCCAAUGUCCGGCUCAAGUUGUGGCCGCUGUCGUUGCCGUCAACGUCGCUGCCGCUGCUACUGUUAGUGGGCGCAUCGCUGCUGCUGUGCGCUGCAAAACCGACUAAUGCCGCCGCCACCGCCACCGCCACCGCCACUAACGCCAAUAACAAAAGCGCACGCGAAAUUAUCAGCAACACCAGUGCGGAUGAAAAAACAUCGAAUCCCAAAGUAGCAACAGGCGUUGGCGCUGUCGGAGAAGCUUUAGUAAUAAGCACAGCGUCGCAAGAUACCAAGUGUUCGGUCCUUAUAGACGAUAUGCAGGAGACGCGUGAUAUUGGCGCUGUUUGGAUUUCCUCACACGAUGCAUGCGACGUGCACGCUUGCGAACUAGAUGCUAGCGGUGUGCCGCGAGAGACUAUCACGAAGGUCGAUUGUGGACAGUUCUAUUGCGAUGUGGAUUCGGAGUUACGUUCGCAACCGGGCAGCUGCUGUGGUGAAUGUGUACGCACCAAGUGCCGCUUCAAUGACACCGUCUACGAGCUGGGUCAGACUUGGCACAGUCCGGAUGGCUGCACGAUGUACGAAUGCGCGCCACUGCCAGCAGCUUCCAUCGUCACACCAAUCGUAAAUGUUUACGAAAAAACAUGUGCGCCGCUACCAGCAGAUUGUCCGCGAGAGCGGGUGUUUGUGAAAGAUUGUUGCGUGCAGUGUCGCGGUACGGAGGCGGAUAUGGCGCGCAACAGCGCCGCUUCGGUUGAACUGCGCGAGGAGAAUGGUGACAUUUGGACCGAGGAGUUUUAUCGCAAUCAUCCGUGUGCGCGCGAAUGCCAACCAAAUGCAGCGCCGAUGACUUGUCAUUACACUUUCGUGGUUGAAUGGUAUGAGACUAUGUCGAAAGCUUGCUACGCGUGUCCGCAGAACGGCACUGACUGCGAGCGGCCACACUGUGUGCUCGGCGAUGGCAUUGAACGGAGUGUUAUGGUGGUGAAUCGCAUGAUGCCAGGCCCCUCAAUGGAAGUAUGCCAUGGCGACAUGAUUGUCGCCGACGUACGCAAUCAUCUGCUCGGCGAUAGCACUACCAUACACUGGCAUGGCAUGCACAUGCUCGAUUAUCCAUAUAUGGACGGCGUGCCACACGUCUCGCAGUGUCCGAUCUCACCGCAUUCCACCUUCCGUUAUCGUUUUCGCGCCGACAAUCCAGGCACACACUUCUGGCAUUCACAUACCGGCAUGCAGCGUGGUGAUGGCGUCUUUGGCGCGCUGAUUGUGCGACGGCCGCGUGCAAACGAAGCGCAUGCACACCUUUAUGAUUUUGAUUUGUCCGAACACAAGAUGAUUCUGCAGGAUUGGGUGCAUACACCGGGCGUAAGCAUUUUUGCAUCGCAUCAUCAUUCGCGUGGUGAUAAUAAGCCGGUGAAUUUAUUGGUGAAUGGACGUGGACGCUUCUACUAUGCCAUUUGGGAUCAAGCCAAGAAAGAAGCGAGAGCUAGCGCAGCAGCCAAGCAGAGUAAGAGCGCCACUGUGCCCACACCAACGCCGCAGCCAACAACAACCUCUACGUCUACUACUACGAGUCCAGAAACGUAUAUAGUAAACCAGCCGCAAAUACAUUUGCCCGACUGGAAGACUGAAUUACUACAUCCGGUAAACAAUUCGAACGUCCACAUCAUGCGCUUCCGAGAGACCAAUGAAGUUUUACGCUUAGCGCGCGUUGCAAAGGAAGAAACACAGCAGCCUGCAGGCCAUUAUUCCGAAGGCACUGACAGCAUUGCUGGGGCGACUUCUACCUCUGGCACUCAUCGUUCGAAACGCGCCGUGGAUGAGAUUCUCUUACAUCAAAUGCCGCUGCAAACAUAUCAUGUGCAGCGUGGCUUCCGUUAUCGCUUCCGCAUCAUCAACGCCGAAUUUCUGAACUGCCCCAUUGCGGUGUCCAUUGAUAAUCACACGCUCACGGCCAUACAUUCGGACGGCUAUGACUUUGAGCCACUCGAAGUUGGCUCGAUAGUCACUUAUGCCGGUGAACGCUUUGACUUCGUGUUGAAUGCGAAUCAACCCGUCGGCAGCUACUGGAUACGCUUCAAAGGGCUCAUGGACUGCAGCGAUCAAUUCACAUCCGCCUUCCAAGUGGGCAUAUUGCGGUACGAGAGCGCAACGGAGGAUGAGCCAAGCGGUGUGCUGGGUUGGCAACACAAAGCUGAGGGCAUCGAAUUGAAUGCGAUGAAUCGCGGUUCAGGAUAUCCCGACUCAUUGACUGCGGCCGAGAUGACAGCGUUGCCAAUUUAUGACACCAUGCCAGGUGUGGAUCGUGACGCACUCAAACCCGUGGCAGAUUACAAAUUUUUCGUCUACUAUGAUUUCUAUGCCAAGGACCAUCCCGACUUCCAUCCAGCCAAUUACUACAGCUUCAACGACAGCAUGGGCAAGACGAAUAAGGUUUACACGCCACAACUGAAUCACAUCUCGUUCAAGUUCCCACCAAUGGCUUUGAUGGCGGAUCGCAAUCAAGUAGACGAGUCGCUCUUCUGCAACGACACUAGCCUCGCGCAGCAGGGCAUCGAUUGCCGGAGUGAAUUCUGCCAGUGCCAUCAUGUGUUGCAAGUACCGCUAAACUCUGUUGUGGAAGUUAUCUUGGUGGAUGAAGGUUUCACUUUCGAUGCCAAUCACCCCUUCCAUUUGCACGGCAACGCCUUUCGUGUGGUGGGUCUAGAACGCUUAGGCAGCAAUGUCACAAUCGAAAUGAUCAAACAGCUCGAUCGCUACAAUUUACUUAAACGCAACCUCGAUAGACCGCCGGUCAAGGACACUGUAACCGUGCCGGACGGUGGUUACACUAUCAUUCGCUUCGAGGCCUAUAAUCCUGGUUUUUGGCUCUUCCAUUGUCACAUCGAGUUCCAUGCUGAGAUCGGCAUGGCGCUGGUUUUUAAAGUUGGCGACAAUGAUCAAAUGAAAUCAGCGCCAAAGAAUUUCCCAACGUGUCAUGAUUUUAUGCCGAAGGACAGCGAUGAGGACGAUGCGGAGGAUAACAGCGGAAACAGUACGACAGAUGGUGUUACAAAUGCGCCUGCCACAUCAGAUCCCAGCACCGGUAGUGCCACAGCGCUGAGCGCGAGAUGUUUCAGUUUACUUUUAACGCUUCUGAUUCUAUGUGCUUCGCGUUUGGGAAUCUUCCACGCAGCACUGGCGAUACACUAAUUGGCAGUUUUGAAGCUUAAUAAAUAUGUUGUUAACUAGAAUAUUUAUUGAUUUGCUCACACAAACUAACUAGAGCCUUACCACCGAGUCACUCUCUUCGAGAUAAAUCGAGAUGUUAUUCGAUUAAUUAUUGUAUACUUAGUAUUAAUAGUCGCAUAUAAUGAGAUGUGAAUUCGAAAGUAAUAACCAGAAGGUACUACCAAGCAAGGCUUCGUUAAAGGCCGUGCGAGUAAAUAGAGCCCACCAGUGACAAGAGUACUUAGCAAGCGCAAAUAGCUUUUCAAUAUAAGUACUUCAGUAUAGGUACUAUAUACAUAUGUAUAUAGCUGACCAGUAUCUGCGAAGCUGACCAUGUUUUUUUUUGUAAUUUUAAGGUAGAAAGGCUUUCAAUAACUGUGAUUAACUAGAAUAGUUUAUUUUGUUACUAGUUUUGAUUAUAAAUAAAAACAUAUGCAUAUAUUUAAGUAUAAAAGAAGAGUUUUCCUUGCUAUUGGCACUACUAAGCCAUGCCAAUUUCGGUGUGUCCAUCAGUCGUUGUCGUCAAGUUCGACUAACGGUAGUUCCAAGAAACGGGAAGUUGCGACGAGGUCGGACCAAAGGGGAAGGCUGUUAGUUGAAUGUAUUUCAGCUGACAUGUGAAGAGGUUGUUGGUGUCGUGAGAAGAGUCUCUACAUGUCGAACACUCAUUGAGGAUAUUGGGGUCGAGUCUGGACAGGUAGCUGUUGAGACGGCUACAAUAUCCAGACCGUAACUGGCCAGAGUAGCGCGGGUCUCUUUUGCCAGUUGAAGCUCCGAGUCUGCUACAGGUGGUGAUUGGGCUCCGAUCACGGCAUUCAUAGGCCAGAAGUUGUGGUAGAUGGUGACCGACCCCCUCUGAAUGCGAGUGACCACUGGUCGGUACGUUGUCGUGUCCAGUGGUUGGUCAAUGUAUGUCUGGACUGCGUCCAAGUGCAGGAACAGCUACUCUCUGACAUUCCUGAGCAGAGGCUCUUCCUCGAGCAAGGGUCUAUUGGUGUGCUCACUUCUGUGGCAUCGCACCAGAAACUGCUUGCUGAGCAGUGCUCAGACGACAUUAGAAGGCAUGCUGUAGCUGUCCGGAGUGCGGCGUUCUGCCAAGUCUGUAGCUUCGUCGACUAUGUCCAACUAGUCCACGGCGACCAAACACGCGCAGCAUAGUUCAGAACCGGCCGGCCAAUUCCAGUAACAUUUCUUUAUCCCAGGCGCUGUCGGCGAGCUACUUGAGGACUUUGUUGCGGCUCUGUACACUCUUGACAACAACGAUUGUGAUGCAGUAGGUGAUUAGUUAUAUUGGAUCCGAAAAAAGGAAUGUUUGGCCAAAAUUUCAAAAUUCAAGACCAUCCAAUUCGGACAGUCCUUGACCGCUCCCGGUUAAAUUUUGGAACUAUUUUGGGAAAAAACUGCAGCAUCCAAUUUUGAAAUCCAAAAAAAAAAAACGUGUAAAUACGAGCGUCAAGCAAGCAUCUAGAGGUACAUCCUAUCACUCGGUAGGAACAAGGUUCGAUAGGUAAAUAGGUUCGGUAGGUAUUUCUAAAAACGGCAAAUGGCAAUCCACAAUCUCUGUCAUUUCUGUCAUUAAAAAGUUUCUUAUAAAAAAUCGUUUGCCGUUUAAAGGCCGAGUUAAUCUGUAGCUCCGCCAUUUGUGUGAUAGCACACCACAAAUUGGAAAAGAAAUUGGACCUAACAGUGUGCCAAAUUCGUAAGCAACAAAUUUUUUGGUGUACAUUUUUUCGCUCAAAACGACUUCAGUGGGGAUCCACUAGAGUGAUAUCAGUGCGAUGAAAUAAUUUUUAAAUUACCCUACCUAGCUCU